CAGAGACAGAGCGAAUAGCAGAACAGAUGAUAAUGAAUAUUAAAGCAACGUUUGCUUAUUGCGGAAUACACCCCGGCAAAAAAGAAGACAAAGACGGUAAAGAAGUAAAUGCUUUCAUAGAUAAAUUAGAAGCCGCCGCCAAAGAGUUUAGUAGAAAGAGAGAAGAGGAACGAGAAAAAAGAUACGAAAAUACAAGAAAUAAUUCCAAUUUUCCACAAAGUAGUUAUAGCAGUGAAAAUUCCAACUACUUAGAAAACCGGUUCUAUAAAAUUUACCAAAAAGGAAAAAAAUAUAGUCGUCUUGAUUUAAUGUCUUUGCGAAGUAUCAUUAACGAUAUUGAAAAAAUGGAAAUUGAAACUAUAAAGAAAUUCGCAGGAAACCCGAAAGUGAAAGAGGAGAAAAGAUAUGCGAUGAUUGUUUGA